GGGCGGGGCCAAGUCUUAAAGGGACCGGGAGCUAAGCAAGACCGGAGGUGGCGGUGGCAGCUGCGAAACCCAGGGAGGGGAUGCCACGUGACCUCAUGUGGGUUUCUUUUAAACCUCUCUAAUGCCUAUACUCUAGUCUCAGGCCCAUGGAGCCCACAGGAGACUAUCCACUGUUCGGGGGCGCCUUUUCCGCCAUCCUCCCCCCCGGGGCCAUUGAUGUAAGCGACCUCCGACCGGUCCCAGACAAUCAAGAAGUUUUCUGCCAUCCAGUGACGGACCAGAGUCUGAUCGUGGAACUUCUGGAACUGCAGGCCCACGUGGGGGGCGAAGCGGCUGCGCGGUACCACUUUGAGGACGUUGGCGGGGUGCAGGGGGCUCGGGCUGUGCAAGUGGAGUCUGUGCGGCCUCUCAGUUUGGAGAACCUGGCCCUGAGGAGCUGCUGUCAAGAAGCCUGGGUCCUCUCUGGCAAGCAGCAGGUAGCUAAGGAAAACCAGCAGGUAGCAAAGGAUGUGACACUGUAUCAGGCGUUGCUGCGGCUGCCCCAGUACCAGACUGAUCUCCUGCUCACCUUCAAUCAGCCCCCCCCUGACAACAGGUCAUCCCUUGGCCCUGAAAGUCUGUCACCUCCACCCUGGAGCCUGGGUGACUUUGAACAGCUGGUGGCCAGUCUGACCCUUCAUGAUCCCAACAUCUUUGGUCCCCAGUAAAGGUGCUGAAACACUGCAUGAUGCUACUGAGGACUUGGGGGCCCGGUUCUGUGAGGGGGAAAAAGAGGUUGAAUAUCUGGGUUUCCUCUUAUUUCUUCCCUGUACAUAAAUGUAAGACACCUCUCUGCAGAAAUAAACUUGCUUUAUAACCAA